AUGCCCAAAGUAAAAGAGGGUGCACAAUACGAAAAAAAAUAUGCCGAAGAAGAUGUUUUGCUUACGUUGAAGGCCAUCGAAAAUGGGAUGUCACAAAGAAAAGCUUCCCAAAUAUUUAAAGUACCACGUCAAACACUUCAGUUUAGAAAAAGUGAUAAGUUUACUAAUAAGAUAACUUUGGGACCAAGCAGUAUUUUGAAUAAUAAGGAGGAAGCUAUUUUAGAAGAAUGGAUAUUGACAAGUUACAAAAAAGGAUUUCCAGUUAGGAAAGUAGAUAUUCAAGCUUCUGUUAAGGAAUUUUUAGAUUCAAACCCACGUGAAAAUCCAUUUCAGGACAAUUUUCCUGGAGAAGGCUGGUAUCGAGGCUUUCUUAAGCGACAUGAAAUUUUAACUAACCGAACACCAGAAGCAGUUACUUCGGCUAGUGCAGUUGUUUCAGAAGGAGAUGUUCGUAAAUGGUUUUCUUUAGUCGAGGAAUAUUUAAAAAGUAAAAAUUUAGAUUAUAUUCUGCAAGACCCCACUAGAAUUUUUAAUGGAGAUGAAACAUGUUUUUAUCGGUGUCCAAAAAAUUUUAAAGUUAUUGCGCCUCGUGGAGCACGGAAUGUUUAUGAGGUAGAUUCUGGUCAAGCAAAAAUGAAUAUCACCGUGAUGUUUACCUUUUCUGCAUCUGGUCAAGUAACUGAUCCGAUGAUUAUUUAUCCGUACAAAAGACUUCCGACUUCUAUAGUUAAUUCAGUGCCUUCUUCUUGGGGAAUUGGACACAGUGAUAAUGGUUGUAUGAAAGUUGAGUUAUUUUACGAGUAUAUUGAUGGCCAUUCUACACAUCAAACCCUAAAGUUGAGUCAACUGUGUACGAAACUGCAGAUAAUUUUAAUAUCGUUGUAUCCCAACGCAACACGGUUAAUGCAACCAGCAGAUGUUGCUGCAUUCAAACCGUUAAAAACAGGUUGGAAAAAAGCAGUGUUAGAAUUCAGAAGAAAACAUCCCCAUGAAAUGCUGACUAAAGAAAAAUUUGCACCAAUCCUGAAAGAUGUCAUAGAAGACUACGCAAAAGCUGAAACAAUAAAAAAUGGGUUUAGAGCAAGUGGAUUAUAUCCAUGGAACGCAUCAGGUAUAGACUUUACCAAAUGUCUGGGAACAAAAAAGGAAACAAACAUAUAUUCAGAUACAAACUUAAAGAAAAAAGGUUCACCUAAUAUUCCGUUUAUCUCUUUUAAUCAAUUUAAGGAAAUAGUUGGCGAAGAGAGAAUAGCCAUAUUUAAAAAAUUGAUCAAAUUUGAAAAGAGCAAUAGCCAUCUUAAUACGGAAAUUCGUGACGAUUCAGAAAACCUAGAAAUCAGUACAGUGGACACAGAAAUAGAAAAUAUGGAAAUUAUUUUCGACGAAAAUAUACUUUUUAGACUAGAUGUAAAUGAAGAGGAAAAAAGCGACCAACAUUUAUCACGUCACAAUUAUUUCGAAGAAACUGUGGAGACAGGGGAAGAAUUACAAAAAAAUGUAACACACGAAGGGCAUGUAGAAGAAUUACUUAUACAGGAAAAUAAAAAAGAAACUCGGCCUUUACCAGAGGCUAUGGAAACAAAUGAUAUAUUAGAUGAAAAUUUAACACAGGAAAAAUCUGUAGAAAAAUUACCUAAUAAGGAAAAUAAAGAAGAAACCCAGUCUUUAGAAGAAACUGUGCUAACAAAGGACAAUAAAGAAAAUACCCAAAAUAAUAGAAGCAUUCGAGAUUUCGUUAUUUGGCCUAAAACACCAGAAAGAAAAGGAAAAAAGGAUUACCAACGAUUACCGUUUGUUUUAACUAGUUCAGGAUGGAAAAGAAUUCAGAUGGAGAAAUUGGCAAAUAAAAAACAAGAACAGAAAAGAAAAGAAGCACGUAAAACAGAAAGAUUAUCCAAGCAAAAAGAAAAAGCUGCAAAAAAAAUUGGGAGAAAAAACAUCAAAACAAGAAAGCAAAAAAAUGAUACAGUGAAAGAAUACAAAAAUAAAACUAAAUCUAAAAGUCCCAAACUGGAUACUGACCGCCUAAACAAAUAUGAUAAUGCAGCAGGGACAAGCGGAUUAAACAAUAAUACAAAAAUACCUCAACGUCACGUACGAAAAGUAUUCAGCAGUUCUGGAAGUGAUGAUGAACCCCAAAAGAAUGACUUUGUUUAUAAUUCAAUAGCUGUCGGAAAAUUUUGUUUUAUUUGUACGAAAAAUAUUACAAAUUCAAACAAAGGUAUCCGAUGCUACAAGUGCAGCCGAACAAACACCUACCUUACAGUUUUUCCUAUUCCGUGUAGCGGAAACCCACCCAUACAAAACAUUAUCUCAAAUCAUCUUCUCGCCCAAGUCAAUUCAGUUAUCAACACUCUUGUUUCUCGCUCGAUAAGACUUAGCAAAACAAUCACAAUUUCUGUUCGCGAUCAAACCAAAAUUUCGUUUCCUUUUAUUGAAGGUGUCACUGACAAAAGCAGUAGAACUCUUAACCCUGUACACAUCAAAACCAUCUUCACGAAUCACUACAAGUUGAAGACCAUGGUGUCUACGAGAUACCUUGUUCUAGUUGCCCACGUACAUACAGAGGACAUACAAACCGACGAAUCCAUAACCAUAUUAACGAACAUUCUAUAUCUGUAA